AAAGUUCACUGCAUCUCAAAGGGAGUGAUCAAUACUGUAAAAAGAAGAAGAAGAAAAAUAAAGGGUUUUUGGACAUUUGGAUGACCCCACAAUUCUCUCUCUAAAUCUCUACCGUUCAACCCAUUCUUCCCUUGUCUAUUUAUACACACUUCCUAUUUUGUUUAGAGUCUCAAGACUUGUGUCUUUUCUCAUCAGCAUUACAUUACUUCACAAACUUCCCCCUCUGCUUUGCUCUCUUCCUAUAGUUACUUCCAUCAAACAUCAUUCAUCAAUGGCUUGCUUGGGGAUGAUUUGCAAUGAGAAUUUGAAGGAUUGUGAGACAAAAGAGAGGGAUGUUUGCACUCUUGAUGGGACGGUUGAUUGGCAUGGCCAACCUGCAAUCAAAUCAAAAUCUGGAGGAUGGGUUGCUGGGAUCAUCAUACUCUUGAAUCAAGGUCUCGCAACUCUUGCGUUCUUUGGGGUUGGUGUGAACCUGGUGCUGUUCCUGACAAGGGUUAUGCAGCAAAACAAUGCCGAUGCAGCCAACAGUGUGAGCAAAUGGACCGGGACAGUCUAUAUCUUCUCUCUUGUAGGGGCUUUCCUCAGUGAUUCAUACUGGGGAAGGUACAAAACUUGCGCCGUUUUUCAGAUCAUCUUUGUCAUUGGCCUGGCUUCACUUUCCAUAACAUCACAACUCUUCCUUAUCAAACCAAAAGGUUGUGGGGAUGAGGACACUCCAUGCGAGUCAAAUUCAAAAUUGGGGAAUGCAUUGUUUUACCUCUCCAUUUACCUUAUUGCUCUGGGAAACGGGGGAUAUCAACCAAAUAUUGCCACAUUUGGAGCAGACCAAUUUGAUGAAGAGGACUCCACAGAGGGGCACUCAAAAGUGGCCUUCUUUAGCUACUUUUACUUGGCGCUUAACUUGGGCUCUCUCUUCUCAAACACCAUUUUAGGGUACUUUGAAGAUGGAGGACUGUGGGCUUUGGGCUUCUGGGUGUCAACUGGCUCAGCUUUUGCAGCCUUGGUUUUGUUUCUUUGUGGAACUCCAAGGUACAGGCACUUCAAACCAAGUGGUAACCCUUUCUCAAGAUUCUGCCAAGUCAUUGUUGCUGCAGCUAAGAAAUCAACGGUCAAGAUGACACCAAGUGAAGAUGAACUCUACAAUGUUGAUGCCAAGGACUGUUCAGUAAACCGUGGUAGAAAGAUACUUCACACCCAUGGAUUCAAGUUUCUGGAUAGGGCAGCCUAUAUCUCAUCAAGAGAUCUGGAUAACCAAGAACGAGGCAUUGACAAUCCAUGGCGCCUGUGUCCCAUCACACAAGUGGAAGAGGUCAAGUGCAUUUUAAGACUACUUCCUAUCUGGCUCUGCACCAUAAUCUACUCCGUGGUCUUCACUCAAAUGGCUUCCCUCUUCGUCGAGCAAGGUGCAGCCAUGAACACUGUUGUUUCAAACUUCCAUAUCCCACCUGCGAGCAUGUCAAGCUUCGACAUUCUUAGUGUGGCAUUUUUCAUCUUCCUUUACCGACGAGUCCUAGACCCACUUGCAGGAAAACUCAAAAAAUCAGAUUCUAAAGGGAUUACAGAGCUUCAGAGAAUGGGAAUUGGUCUCAUCAUAGCAGUGAUGGCAAUGGUUUCAGCAGGAAUUGUAGAGUGUUAUAGGCUAAAGUACGCCAAAGGCGACUGCGCACAUUGUGAAGGCUCAAGCUCCUUAAGCAUCUUUUGGCAGGUUCCACAGUAUGCAUUAAUAGGAGCUUCCGAGGUCUUCAUGUACGUGGGACAAUUGGAGUUCUUCAAUGCACAAACCCCAGACGGAUUGAAAAGCUUUGGCAGUGCACUUUGUAUGACAUCAAUCUCUUUGGGGAAUUAUGUCAGUAGUCUUCUGGUCACUAUGGUUAUGAAAAUAUCAACAGAGGAUCACAUGCCAGGAUGGAUUCCAGGAAACCUGAACAGAGGUCAUCUAGAUAGAUUUUACUUCCUCUUAGCUGGAUUGACAGUAGUUGAUUUUGGGGUGUAUAUUCUCUGUGCUAAAUGGUACAAAUCUAUCAAAUUGGAGGGCAAGUGUGAAGAAAAUGAAGAUCAGGAGCUCAUCAAGGUCUGAUUUAAAGAAAUAUACACAAAAGCCAGCUUCUUGGAUGCAUAUUUUAUCAGUUUGUGUAAGAAUAAAAGGAAUGGGGCCUGAAGAGUCGGAAAGCUAUUCUUGGCUCAACUCUUUGUACCCAAUUCUUUCCUCUUUUUACGACAUCUAACCAAAUAAUUUCAAGCCAUGUUACUGUAAGAGCAAGGGUGGCGUGUAAUGAUCAGGCAGAUUUCUUGUGCAAGACCUUCAUGUUCCCACCUUGUAAAUUUCUUCGCUUUAUUCAUUAAAGGCCUUUGACUUCUUUUUUCUUUUCC